AGUAACCGGAAGUAAUUAAAGGGAGGAAGAAGGAAGUGUCAAGUACUGAGUAAUGUGAUGUUUUAUGAUCGUUCGUCGCUGUAACAACAUAUUUAAAAGAAAGCAUCAUGGCAACAGACGAAUUGGCAAAGAAGCUUGAGAGGAGAGUUAAUAUCAACGAAGGAGAUGAAGAAACUGUCAUUAAAUCUAGUCAGGUUUUCAACCCUUACACAGAGUUCAAAGAAUUUUCACGUAAACAGAUCCAAGACUUUCAGAAAAUAUUCAAUAAAUAUGAUACAGGAAAAGAUAAGUUUAUUGAUUUCCAUGAAUUGAAGUUGAUGAUGGAAAAGUUAGAAGCACCUCAAACCCAUCUGUCACUCAAAGCUAUGAUAAAGGAGAUUGAUGAAGACAACGAUGGAAAGAUAAAUUUUAGAGAGUUUUUACUGAUAUUCCGUAAAGCUAAUUUAGGAGAGUUAGAUGCAGAUAGUGGUUUGAUGGCUUUGUUUGACAACAUGACUGAAAUUGAUGUUGAUGCUGAAGGAGUGAAAGGGGCAAAAAGUUUUUUUGAGGCAAAGAUUGAUGUUCAAACAAGGGACAAGAAAUUCGAAAAUGAGAUAAAACAAGAACAAGAGGAAAAGAAGAAACAGGCUGAAGAAGCAAAGGAAAGGAAGAAAGCAUUUAAAGAAAAAGCAUCAGUGUUUAAUUGAUGUAAUUUGUUAACUGUGUACAUGUUAGGGGAGAUAAUUGUGCUCAGGAUGUUGUUUAAGGGAGAUAACCAUGUUAACUGUUCAUGUAAGGGGAGAUAAUUGUGCUCAGGAUGUUGUUUAAGGGAGAUAACCAUGUUUACUGUUCAGGUAAGGGGAGAUAAUUGUGCUCAGGAUGUUGUUUAAGGGAGAUAACCAUGUUUACUGGUCUUAAAGGGGGAGAUAAUUGUUCAGGAUGUUGUUUAAGGGAGAUAACCAUGUUUAUUAGUUCAGCUAACAAAAAAGCAAUAGAAAACAACCAUUUAGCAAAUUUAGUACAUAUUGGACUGUUUAACAAUGGUACAGCACAAACAGACAAACAAAAAUAUAAAAGUCUUUAGAUUGUGCAAUGUAUGAACAGUACUAGUGUUCCUGCCUGCCCUAAAUAGAAGGGCGGGCCGCCCUUGGUGCCCUUACCCCCACCCUUCUGCCCUCCAAAGAAU